UUGGUCACAGAUUUAAUGGCUCCGGCAGUGAUACCCGUGUCUCGAAAACCAUCCAAUUAUGAUGAGAUUUAUAUGCAGCAGAGCUUGUUGUUCUCUGAUAGUCUCAAGGAUUUGAGAAAUCUAAGAUCACAGCUCUACGCAGCAGCUGAGUAUUUUGAACUGUCCUACACCAAUGAUGACCAGAAGCAGAUAGUGGUAGAAACAUUGAAAGAUUAUACCUUCAAAGCACUUGUGAAUACAAUAGAUCAUUUAGGUUCCGUGACAUACAAGGUUAACAAUCUUUUGGAUGAACAAGUUGAAGAGGUUUGGGGAACCGAGAUUCGAGUAUCUAGUAUCGAACAGAGACUACGGACAUGCCGAGAGUGUAUCGAUCGUGAAAGGAUUUCCCGGCAGUCACUGGUGAUUAAUACUCCGAAGUACCACAAACGGUACAUCUUGCCAGUCGGAGAGACCAUGCACGGUGCGAACCGAACAAAGUCGAAAUACCUCGGAUGCAGCCUAGACGACGAAGAUGACUGGCAUCAGUUGAGGAAUGCUGUCCAAGCAUCGAUUCGAGAAACACCGACAUCUUCAGUUCGGGAAACCCUGACACCUUCAAUCAGUAAUGACAGUUUCAGAAAAGGACGUUCACCGUCCCCGUCCCCGCAGCCUCCACAGCGAUCUUCGACCUUUUCCUUUACUGUCACGACACCGAAGAAAGAACUAGAGAAGCGAACGGUAUCACCGCAUCGAUUCCCGCUUUUACGCUUGGGGUCUAUGAGCAGGCCUGCAUCGCCAAAUAAGAGCCGGCCUACUACUCCGAAUUCAGCUGGUGCAAGAUGGCGGUAUCCAUCGGAGCCCCGAAAAUCAGCCUCGAUGCGAUUUCAAACCGAGAAAGACACCGAGCAAGUCCCGAGCAAAAGCAAAAGACUACUGAAAGCAUUGCUUAGUCGUCGCAAAUCGAAGAAGGAUGAGAUGCUGUAUAGUUAUUUAGAUGAAUACUGAGAAAAAA